AGUGUUGAAUACUGGGUAUGAGGCUGGACUCAGUCAAACAUUAGUGAACAGUCUGCUGUAGUGUGAACUGUAAGUGUAGUGAAGAGUUUCCGGCACCAUGGCUGUAAGGCUUUGUGGAUUCCUCCUGCUUGCAGUUCUUCUCAGUGGAGUUCAUGCAUCAAGGCCAGCUGUAAACCAGGAGUUAUCCAACCUUUUUAACGAGCUCUGGAGGCUGGAUGUGAACCGCAUGAAGCCUGGGAUAGACUACACUAUCUCUGUUCAGGGUAGAGCGGGAUUUGUGAACCAGGGCAGCCAUGUUGUCCUGGAUCACGCCUCACUGCCUCUAUUCUCCAACGUUAAUGAGAACAAACUGAGGAACACAACCACUUUCUCUCUCUUUAUGAAACUCCUGGACAACUAUGAGCGGUCGACAGGCAUCACAGAGCGAGUCACUCCAGAGGAGCUGACCGAGAUCAAUCUGUUCCUCGAUGCUGUUUUGGAGACACAAGUCAUGAAGCGCGCUCAUCAGUACCUGGUGAGCAAAGGAAAGUCCAGCUCCGACUCGAAGCAGUUUAAGAAUCAGCUUAACUUGAUCUGGUUCCAUCUCUACCACCGGCAGAGAAACACAGGACCUGACUCUUGUGGAUUUGAACACGUCUUUGUUGGAGAAACCAAAUCUGGAACAGAAAUAAUCGGCUUUCACAACUGGGUCCAGUUCUUCCUGCAGGAGAAAAACAGCCAUUUGGACUACAAAGGCUACAAGGCCAGAGACCAGGACUUGCCUGAUCAGGACGACCACGUCCUGAACCUCCAGUUCAGCUGGCACGGUGUGGUGAAGCCCGUCGGCAGCGCCUUCAUUGGCACCAGCCCCGAGUUUGAGAUGGCCAUUUUCACCAUCAUCUUCCUUAUGAACACGGAGCGAAGCACCACGGUGCUGGUCAACAUCGACCAGUGUCAGAUGGAGCUGGUGGUCAUCAGGCAGGGCCGCUGUCUGGGGACGGCGUACCCCAAACUGCUCAGCAGCAACAGCAGACACGUCAGCCAGCACUCGCACUGACUCCAGCUGCAGCUUGAGUGGUCUUUACCUGAAGUGGGGUGGUGAAAUCUACAUCCAGCAGGAGAAUCAUAGUCUGUUCUGAUUCUAACAUGUAUCUAAAGCUUUUAAUGAAACCGUUCUGAUGAUGUUCCUGGUGGAACAGGAUUUAUUUGAAAAAGUGUAACAUGUUAAGCUAUAGAACCUUAUAUUAAAAGUAAUCGUCAGUGUUGUAGUGAUCCAAAAAUACUAGUUCGUAUUAAAAGAAGCGUGUUAACUGUACAAAGUUAUCUUUUAAAGAUCAUCAUUGUCUUUGUAUUUAAGGACAUUUGAUUCCCCUGUUGAAGUUUUCUGGUUGAAGCAAUCAGAUUUUAUUAUUUGAAAUGUUCUGUUCAACUCUUCAAUUCUAACUUUUAAAGAUCAAGUCACAACUGCUUUACUUGGAUGACAUGUUGCUUUGUCUUUCCCAUAUUGAAGAGGAUUAGAGUUAAUCUUUCUUGGCCCAGAGAAGCAGGAAUAAACGUCAGAACUAAAACCUAAACAUAUCUGCUUCCUUUCAUUUAUUUUGUAACUGUUUCAUGCGAAAUAAUUGUAAUUUUUGGCUUCUUUUUUUUCCUCAUUAGAAAACAUUUAUUUCUAAAAUGUGGAUUUGUUUCAGAGCAAACAAAUAUGGGGUUCUCUUUGUGUCAAAAAUAAGUAGAGGUCACACGUGAGUGUACAUGUGGAAUGUGAUAUGAACUUAUUUCUAGAUUAAAUGUAUUAAUACUUAACAAUCUGCUGCACCAUCCUAUCAUUCAAAUGGCAUUAGGCUAAAAAUAAAAGAAGAGACUGUGAUGUCAUAUACAUUCCUGAAACGCAACUUUCGGUAGUGAAAGUAAAAAUGUUGUUUCUUCAAUCAGUCACCUUUUUGUUUCAUUAGGUCUACAAUAAACAGACAGUCUAAACUCUU